AAUCGCAGUCGAUGAUGUGGCGAGCAGUCGACGCGAUAACAAUCAAAGCGCCAAACAAGCUGCAAAGGCAACUAACAAGACAUUUCCAUGUGACGAGCGUGGGUGUGGCAAGGUGUUUAUGUCCGGCAACCAUUUGAAGGUUAUUCGCCGUGUUUGCUUACCUAACGGUCGAAGCUUGAGUGUAUUAUGAGAUAUUGCGGUCUGAGGAUUGAAAGUUGUAAUACACGUGAUGCUAUCAUUGCAUUGUGAUUGGAUAAUGGAGUCAUUGUAUUUGGUGGUAUCAUAUGGUUGUAGCAGGGGCGAGUGUUGUGACGGGUUGGGAUGCAGUGGUUGAGUGUUAUCCCGUUGUAUGGCUCUGGGAGUGGAGAGCGAUUGGAAACAAUCAACUCUUUUAUUGCUUCUUUGUGGACAUGUUUGAACAAACUGAUGUCUGUCCACCGGAGAAUUCACACGGGAGAAAAACCAUUCAUCUGCUCAUACUGCUCCAGAUCAUUCGCCACAAAUUACACCCUCAAAACACACGAACGGAUCCACACAGACGAUAAACCCUAUCAAUGCACGUCAUGCUCUAAAGCAUUCAGAACGUCGUCAGAUCUAUUGAAACACAGUCGAACUCAUACGGGAGACAAACCAUUUGAAUGUCGUCAUGAUGGGUGUGGAAAGCGUUUUAGAACGUCCAAUGCACUGAGAGUUCAUGAAAGACAUCACACCGGGGAGAGACCGUAUGUGUGUAAGGUGGCCGGUUGCAAACAGAAGUUUGCUAAUCCGGCAAACUUUAAAGCGCACGAGAGGAUCCAUACAGGAGUGAAACCAUACAAGUGUGAUCACCCAGGCUGCAACAAGACAUUCACCGAAUAUUCCAGUUGGUUCAAGCAUCGUGUCGUACACUCGGACUCUCGUCCAUAUCGCUGUGACAAAUGCGGCAAGCUCUAUCGACAGGUCUCCUCCCUCGCAUCUCACAAACGCAACUGCCACAGCAGUGAGCUUCCUCCUCACAUACAACUCACCAUCUCACAAGCAUUAGCCAGCCAACAGACUGACCCUGAGCCGGGCAGCAGCCUCGAAGUAAUGGGAACCGCAGACAUCCCUAUUGAUGACACUGAUCUUCCGGAUAUAUCAGACAGUGAACAACCAGACGAUGCCACAAAUUCAUUGUCUUCGGGUGGCAAACCAGCUACUAUUGAUGUCACCGGUAUGCCCUGCUCGUUGUCUUCACUCUCUGAUGUCCAGGGUGUCAACUUCCAGUGUGUCUACUCGCCUGACAUGUCGGUCUCGGGUGUCUCGUGGUGUAGAGCCCAGGAAUGUGCCUUGUAUACAGGCAGUCAGUCAUCAGUGUCGACGAUUGCCCCCUACAUGAUUGUACAGUCCUCUCCCACGUGUACUGGAUUCCCAUCUAUUUCCAAUAUUUCCACCAUGACCAAUUUAGACUUCAUCCCACCAUUGAUACCCACACCACAAAUAGCUUCCGUCUCUGGAAAUUCUAUCUUCUCGGCAUCCAGUAAUUCAAUCUUUUCGACGUCAUCUAAUUCCAUCUUUUCUGCACCUGGGAACUCUAUUUUUUCCUCGGCUGAUGAGACAACAUUCCACCACUCUUUUAGUCACUCACAUGACGUCACUAGUGACACCAUCGGAUUCCCAGUCCAUGCACUAAAUCGUGAUUUGACGCAUUCGUUGGAUGCAACAGCUCAGCUGCAAGUCGAUGCAAUAGUCCAGCAGUUGUCGAGUUCAGAUGCGCUGAACCCUCAUCAGCUGCUCAGUUCUGGAUCGGAUGCUGACUUGGUGGUGGCCAUGAAAAAUGGUGCACUCGAGUUGACAGUGAGCGAAGACGCAAGUAGGGAAGAAUUGCUGAAUGGAGAUGGUGGAGAUGACUUAUAGAUGCAACUGCAUGAUAGAUCAUUGUGUUGAACAGGUGGAAGGAAUGUUUAUUGACAGCAUGGACAGCAUGCAGAUACAACAGAGAUAUAUAUUAUUGUAUUUAUUUAUGGUGUUGUGAAGACUUACUAGGACUUGUGUGGUUUGUACAGCUGGGAGGGUGGAACAUGCCUGCAUGUCUCCUUGUUGUUAACUCGUUUGUCACAAUUGAAUGAUUCCUUGGGGUAUGCAUGCAUGGGUAAACAGAGUCACCUGUCCU